GCUCUUCACAGUAUGGCCGGCGAUAUUAGCUAGCACUCACUCACGGUAUUCUCUGUAAAAGGGAAGACGGUAACUCAAGAAAAUCAACACCUGGAUCGCUUAAAGGACUGUACCUCACUAAAUUAUAACCGAUCGAGGAAGGACUCAUUAAGCUGUAAACGUUACAACCGACGUUGAAUAUUUUUGUUGGCUGUCUGUUGCCUCAUGAUGGAAGAAAAUGGUGCACAUUUCUUCGAGGGGACCGAAAAGCUGCUGGAGGUGUGGUUCUCCCGGCAGGAUGAGACCAAAGGAACCGGCGACCUCCGCACCAUCCCGAGGUUUGAGUGGGACAAACUUUUGGAGAAUGUGCAUUGUUUGAUCAUAAGUGUGACAAAGACUGACAAGCAGGAAGCUUAUAUACUCAGUGAGAGUAGCAUGUUUGUCUCCAAGAGACGUUUCAUUUUGAAGACGUGUGGAACCACCCUCUUGCUGCAAGCACUGGUCCCUCUGCUGGAACUAGCCAGGGAGUACUGUGGCUUCGAUGCCAUCGAGAACUUUUUCUACUCCCGCAAGAAUUUCAUGAAGCCAACUCAUCAAGAAUUCCCUCAUCGAAACUUCCAGGAGGAAGUGGAAUUUCUCAGCCAGAUUUUCCCCAAUGGUGCAGCCUACUGUAUGGGCCGUCUGAACUCUGACUGCUGGUACCUGUUUACCCUGGACUUACCGGAGUACUGGGAAAACAAGCAUGCAGACCAGACUCUGGAAGUUCUGAUGAGUGACCUUGAUCCAGCCAUUAUGGACCAGUUCUAUAUGAAAGAUGGUGUUUCUGCAAGUGAUGUCACUCGUAUGAGUGGAAUUCGUGACCUGAUAGCAGGUUCUGUGAUCGAUGCCACAAUGUUCAACCCUUGUGGAUACUCAAUGAAUGGAAUGAAGACUGACGGAACGUACUGGACCAUCCACAUCACCCCUGAGCCAGAGUUCUCCUAUGUCAGCUUCGAAACCAACCUCUCUGCUACGUCGUACGACGAUUUGGUGAGGAAGGUGGUGGAUGUGUUCAAGCCAGGGAAGUUUGUGACGACUCUUUUUGUCAAUCAGAGCUCCAAGUGUCGCAGCGUUUUUUCUUCCGCGCAGAAACUCGAGGGCUACAAGCGCCUCGACCGCCAGUUGGCUCAGUUUAAUGAUUACAAUUUUGUCUUCACAAGUUACGCCAAGAACCGGCAGCAGAACCAGCAGAGCUGAGGGUCGGGGAUGAAGAAGAGGCGCAAAAAGAAAAGCAGCCGCCGGGGGCCGCCCCCCUGCGCCUGCCCGCCUCCCCCCCCAGUAGAGAGCCCGUCGUCUUCCCCCUCCUCCCUCCACCCGCUGCGCUGCUGUCGGCGCCCGAGUUUAGCCUCCAGUUUGAGUUGUUUGCAUUGUUGUACCUGUGACUUAGAUCUCGUGCAUGAAAGCUCUUCUCUCGGUUUGGAUAUUCUAGCUCACUCUUGCUGUGGUCUUGAAGUGCAUGUAGAAGAAUUAAACGCGCUCCGUUUCAGGAGGUCCACCCGUGCCCACUGCAACGGUCCCUUCCUGCAAGUCUCCGCCCUCAUCCCCCACAGACAAGGCUUCCGGCCGCACUAGGCCGGGGCCCUGGCGUGCUCAGACCAGUCUUGGCCUCUUAGGUUUGGUGUGGUGUUGAUGAAAACAAACAAACACAGUAGUGAUCUAAAACCGUGAAAGUCCUCCACACCUACACCACCCUGUGGUCCUUGUGACGACACCUUCAGUGUGUGCACUGAUCUGCACCCAGGCGUCUUUGUUUUACAGUGCGCUGUAUCGUCAACAAGCUCCGCCUUCAUGUCAAUCGGUUCAUCGGUUCAAGUGGCGCGUCCGCCCGUCUCGUCUGAAGAAAGGCCCGGAGCGGGUCCGAGCGCCGCCGAGCGGCUGGUCCUGGCCGUGAACGUCCUGCUCUCAAAGGGAAACAAUGAAUCGUCAUUUUCUCUCCCCCUCAUCACGUCAUCCUCUCUGUCUCUUUCUGAACCACAGUAAAUGUGUGGAGCACAAUGGACGCCCGAGCGUCUGAGCAUGUCAGGGUGACCCCGGAUCAUUCCACCUGUACCCGCUGCACAACCUGCCGUUUUAUCACUCACUUUUCUUUUUUCCCUCUGUGAAUUGUUGGAGUAGCACUUUUGUCUUCUUUUGUUUGGACCCGUGCUCUUUGUCCACUGAGGGGACAAUCCUGUGACUACCAGAGCUGUGCUUGAUUGACAGCUCCCUCUGCUCCUUCAUCCUUCUCUUUGGAAUGAGGUGAAGUCAGAGUCAGUGGUGUGUCUUCAUGAGCUGUGUCUGUCUGUCUGUCUGACUGUCUGUGUGUGUGACUGUCUGUCUGUCUCUGUGUGUGUGUGUGUGUGUGUGUGUGUGUCAUGGCUGUGGUUUUUGGCGAGGACCAAUCCCUGCUCUUGCUCUAACAGUGUUCAGUGAGCGAUCACCACAGUCGCACACUCGUGUGAAUUUAUUUGAACUUUAUUAUUUUUUUAUACACUGACCUCAGUUGUACACGAACUCAGUUUUAUACAAACAACACUUUGUAUUUUUGCUGUGGACCAACGUUCCUUUUCUUUCACAUUCUC